AUGGCUCCGAACCACCAGAAGAAGCCGACCAUUUUCAUGGCAAAGCCUAAAAGAACCGCACCAGCAAAGAUCGCAGUAGGAUUAGCUGCUCCUCGGGAUGCUGAUCGCGACAACACAGCGGUCGAGGUCGAGAUGCGAGAGCAUUCAAAGGACGCAGCACUCACCGAGUCAGAGGCGAGCCUGAAGGAGCGCCUCGAAGACAAGAAAUGGACAAAGAUUGCGCCUGCUGCUGCGGCCACACCAGCCUUCGAUGAUCGCAAAGACGUCUCGACCCAACAAGCCGACUUCGACGUGCCACCGCUGCUGCACGUUGGCGGAUUCGACCAUUGGUGGCGGAAGGCUGAGAUGAUGUUGAUUUCGCAAGGUCACUUCACCCUCUCCUUGAAAGAGGCAGAUUCGAGUGCCGACACGGCCUUCUACACGAAUGGUCGUGAACCGGCCAGGCUGUUGAGGCGCUACGUCAGUAAGGACGUCCUCGGUCGCAUCUCCACCGAGGCUCUCGAUCACAUUCACACUCUGGUCCCGGCGCUGCGCAAGGUGACCAGCGAGCCUUUCCGUCUCCUUGACUUGCCGGCAAAGCUGCGAGUCCGCAUACUCGAGCUGGCGGUCACUAAGAAAACCCCUAUCUACCUUCAUGCAGAGGCGCCGAAAGAUGGCUCCGAGGUCACCUACAAGAAGCGCGCUUCGUACUAUCAGCCAGCGAUCUGUCGAGCCUCGCGCCAGCUGCGCAUGGAGAGCCUGCCCAUCUUCCUGAGAGGCAACGAGUUCAGAGUCGUCUGCAAUCUAGAGGAGCCAGCAUAUCCAAACGCUCUGCAAGACUGGUCCAUGGCCAACAAAGACUGGCUCAGUUCGCUACGACGGAUGACACUACAGAUGCGGGGUCCAGAGCACGCUCGCAAGCUUGAUGUACUGCAUUUGCAUUUCACCUACAACCCAAGUCAGGGUCUUCAAGUCGAUCAAGGCAAAGCAGGUCUUGACGAUGAGGCCCUCGCAGGGCUGCGCGGAAAGAUGGAAUGUCUCAACACCUACGGCGAAGCCAAUGGUCUUGAGGGCCAGCUGACGACUAUGUUCUUUGUGGCUGAGGAGUCAUGGGGUCUGUAUGUGCCAGAUACGAUGAAACCAGGAGUAGGGGAUGGCGAUGCUAUGGAGCUGUAG